AUGUGUGUGUCGAGGUGUCUGCGGUGUGUCGCCAUCUCCCUGGUUCCCAUGGCAAUGGUCUGCAUUGUGUCCAACAUCCUGCUGCUGCUUCCUGAUCUGAAGAUCCACUUCCUGUUGGAGGGUCAUGUGACCAGAGAGGCCACCUGGGCCACGGGGCUGUGGGGCUCCGGCGUCCUGGUUCUGAUUGGAGCUCGAUCCUUCGUCCAGACAAGCAAAACCAGAGGCUGCUGUGCCGUCAGGAGACAGAUGUUGUCCCAGGUCCUGUACUCCUGUGUCUGUCUCCUUGCUGCUGGUCUCUGUUGUCUCGUCAGUGCCACCGGUCUGUGCCAGGGUCCUCUGUGUUUGUACAACACUACAUCCGGUCCGUCCUGGGGUGUCCCCCUGCAGCCCGUCCCUGACCGUCAUGCAGGGUAUCUGUACAACAGGACUCUGUGGUCCAGCGUCUGUCUCGAGCCGUUGGGUGUCGUCCAGUGGAACGUCGUCCUCUUCAGCAUGAUGGGCGGAGUCAGUGGACUGCAGACUGUCCUCUGUGCCGCCAACGUUCUCAACUCUCUGCUGGGACUGAUCUUGGGACAGGGCGUCUGCCACAACAAGGUCAGUGAGACAUCUCUGCUGUCCUCCUGGAGGACGCUGUCAGAGGACAUCUCUGGGACAGGUGUGAGACAGUCUCUGUGUGUGUUUCAGGUCAGACGCCAUGACGAGACACCAGGUCGUCACUCUGCAUCAUCAGCAGGUCCUUCCCAGGUCCAGGUCUCAGACAGAGGUACAACAUGA